UAUUUUUUAAGUAUAACCCGAUCCUAAGAAUACGCGCACACAAGAGCACCUACAAGCAGGUUAUGAGAGACCCUAUCCCUUUUUUACUGGCAUAAUCUACACAUAACCCGCUACUUAUCUUACUUGCUCGAUAGCGCCAAACUAUCUUAACCGCACGUUUCAUAAAGAUUUGAUUCCAAUACCCACAAGACGCACCCUGACCAAGUGGAAGGCCUGUUCAAUAAAUCUAAAGCGGCGUGACAUACACUUAAAUUUGUCACAUAAAUAAUGGCGCCUCUCAGUAUAUGGUCAGUUGGAAACGACGAAAUCGCACGCGCACUCACAAUCGACGAUUGCUUACAAGGGCUGUACGAAGCGUUCGAUGCUCUGGGGACGGACAAAGGAGCCAAUCCACAGCACAUUACCGUGCCCUCGGAGAAGGGAUGCGUACUCUUCAAACCAGCAACAGUGCACGGAGCCGGCCUCGGAGCGAAGAUCAUGAGCGUAUUCCCCGGUAACAGUUCCAAAACGCCACCCCUGCCUAAUUUGAACGGAUUGAUUGUCAUGAUGGAUGAAGACACUGGCAAACUCAAGGCGGUCUUGGAGGCAGACUUAAUCACAACCAUGCGAACGGCCGGUGGAUCUGCCGUUUCCGUUCAAGUUAUGGCACCGGAAAACUGUCAGGUACUCACAGUGUUCGGUGCCGGACCACAAGCCGAGUGGCACAUUCGAAUGAUGGUGCACGUCCGACCUUCCAUCAAGCAGGUGUAUGUUGUAAACCGCACGUUCAGCACUGCCGAGCUUUUAGCACAGCGAAUGUCGAGUGUUUGGGACGGUGUAGAUAUCAAGGCGACAGCCGAUUCAGAAUUUGCCGUGAGGCAGGCCGACAUUAUCGCUACGUGCACUGCAGCUCGAGCGGCUCUGUUCGAGGCAAACUGGGUCAAGCCAACUUGCCACAUCGCAGCAGUUGGCUCCUUCACACAUGAUAUGCGCGAGCUACCUGUGGAGAUAUUCCGAGACGCAGAUGUAGUAGUGGAUUGCGGAUUAGCCAGCGAAGAAGCCGGCGAGUUGCUAGACGCCUUCGAGAUGGGAACUCUGGAUGCUGCGGUUUUGCCAACUAUUGGUAACUGGAUUCGACACGGAACACAGCCUACGAAAGGGAGAAGAACGAUAUACAAAUCAGUCGGUUUCGGGCUUAUGGAUAUUGCGGUGUCGAAUAAAGUUCUAGAAGCUCUUGAGGCAGAAUUCUGAGUAUAUACUCGCCACCAAUAAGCGUGAGGAAUCAGUUUGGACUGUCGUGCGCGCAUAGAUGUGGCCGUGUACACAUUAAAACUUGUCUGAACGUGCGCGAACUGAGCAAUGUACAAUGUCAUGCACUGUGGAGAGUGAUGCGUGUUUAUUUAUGUAUAUCCCUUAGGAUUACGCGUACGUAUGAAAUAGAAUUGUUGCUACAACUUACUAAUUUGCGCACAAAGUGCGCUAAUAUAGGGACCGAUCCAUGCCUUCAUCCCUACAUUCGUCAUUGGUCAUUGUUUUGCUCCAUUGGCUAAGUGCUUCCCAUCCAUCGCUAGUGUCCAAGUAAACUGUUGGUACUUGUUCACAUCGCAUACGUUUUUGUAGGGUUUCGUCAUCCACACCGUUGGUCCCACUGUACUGGAAGAUCCACACAGGUUUGCCUUGCUCGAACAAGUUUCCAUACGUACCAGUGGUGUACAGGUUUAUGUCAUAAGGAUACCAGUUAAACAAGCUUUCCACGAUGUAGCCAUCGAAAAGACCGGCUGUAUCGUGAUUGUUGUAAUAAGAUGGAUUUUUCAGAACUAUCUUGAGGCCAAUGGAAUGCGCAUACUCAACUAAUCCCUCCAUGUAAUCUAUAUAUCGAUCGUCGAUCUCUUGAUUUUGUCGUGCUCGUGCCGCAAUACUGUCGUUCUCGGCGACGACAUCGCUGGGCUUUGCGUUGUCAGUACUUACCAUAGUGAAACCAAAUCCCUUAACCUUGUCCAGUACCUUUUUCAUUAUUUCGAGCACUGCUGGGAGAUCAUCAGGAUUGUACCAGUAGUCACCCCAAUACCCACCAUUUCCAUUAUCAUCCUCGUUUUGCACCCAUUUAUAGUUUAAGAGUUCAUCGAAGUCCAGUAUAGGAUUCGACGGAUUUACGGUGCCAACACUGAUAUAGCACAUCACUUCCACUGAAUCAUCAGCUAUAGCAUCCUGCACCUUCGAAUCAUAACGACCAGAUACCGACGAGAACACAACGUCGGCUCCCGAACAAUCAGUCUCUCCUUGAUGACCAGAAUUGGACCACGCAAGAUUACAUAAAGUAGAUCUUUCGUUCAGUGACCGCGACGACCUAUUCAAAGUUCGUGGAGCGUUUUCUGUGGACUUGGCUGUAACUGCUCCUGCCAGUAGCAGUGCAAACGUGCUAAUCUGCAUUACUAGCGUUGUAUGUUUUUGCGUUGAGUGUAUGCAAC